UUUGCGGAAGUGACGUAGGGUUUGCUUCGUGGACUCGGCGAUUAUAGUGUUAUUUCGAUGUACAAACUUUCUCGAUAAAUAUCAGAUCACAGAAUAAGGAGGGAUAUUACACAACACACGAUCACAUUUUAAGGUCCCUGUGGAACCCAUCUUCUUUCUCCACUACUGUAUGACUUGGUUAUGUCAAGUCAUUUUCAAUGAUAGCAAGGCGCCGCCGCACCAACUCCGGAUCUGACAAUCACCAAUCAGGGAGUGACCGGAGUGGCUACUCAUCUCGCACCCACAUUGGACAGGAGAAACAACAGUCCCCCAGCCCACCAUCAAAAUUCCAGCACGAUCCAGACAUGACAUGCCGAGAUCGAACCACUGAGUUUUUGUCAGCUGUCAAGUCACAGCAGUCAAGACAGUCAAAUGGAAUCAAUCCGUCUCACAGAAAUCGGGACUUGCGACAGAGGAGUCAGUUCACACAAAUAGCAAAGAGAAUUGGUCGGGAUUUGGCAAACACAUUUGCAAAAUUGGAAAAAUUGACAAUAUUGGCCAAACGAAAGUCUUUAUUUGACGACAAGCCUGUGGAGAUACAGGAGUUGACGUACAUCAUCAAGCAGGACAUCAACAGCCUCAACAAGCAGAUAGCUCAGCUGCAGGAGCUGGUGAGGUCUCAGAAAAGUCAAAAUGGCAAACAUCUACAAUCUCAUUCCAACUCUGUGGUGGUGGCACUGCAGUCCAAACUUGCAAGUAUGUCCAAUGACUUCAAGCAAGUACUGGAAGUACGAACAGAGAAUCUGAAACAUCAGAAAUCAAGACGAGAACAGUUUUCAGAGUCUGGUGUGUCUUCGUCCCUCCCUCCCUCAGCUCUCAAUGGACACAAUGGAUCGGUGUUGUUGCAAGAUGAGGCCAACAGUGGGGAUGUGGCCAUCAACAUGGACGGCAUGUCCAACCAACAGUAUCAGAAUCAGCUACAGCUCAUCGACGAACAGGAUUCCUACAUCCAAAGUCGGGCUGAAACCAUGCAGAACAUUGAGUCCACAAUAGUGGAACUUGGAUCUAUAUUCACACAACUAGCUCACAUGGUCAAGGAACAAGAGGAAAUGGUUACAAGGAUUGACUCCAAUAUCGAGGAUACCCAGAUGAACAUUGAGGCAGCUCACAGUGAAAUAUUAAAAUACUUCCAGUCCGUCACCUCAAACCGAUGGCUCAUGAUUAAGAUUUUUGCAGUUUUAAUUGUAUUCUUCAUUAUAUUUGUAGUCUUUAUGGCUUAGGUGAAACAACUCCAUGAUUUCAUAUCCCAGUGAUAUAUUGACUCCAAAGCAAAAAACUAUCAUGUUCAAGACUUGACAGCUCAAAAAUAUGUGUUGUGAAGGGAGAUAACUCUUCAUUCUAUCAUUGUCUCGCCUAGGUGCUGGUCAUAACAUGGUAAACAAUGGGACAUUCGAAUCACCAGGUUCAACUGUCGUUUCCAGAUCACAUUCUGACAAAUACAUGGAACGAUUAAUCUUUUUCUACUUGAUGUUUUUGCAAUUAAAACAAAUAUCUCAUUUGAGAAAGAAUUGUUGGCACUGUGAUAACAGUUUGGUUAUAAUCUCUAACCAAAAAAAGAUAAUUUGAGGCCAGACCAAUUUGGUAAUUUGUUUUACAGACAUGCCUGUAUAGUAACUGCUACUAUGCAGUAAUAUGUUUGGUCAUUGAUUUUGAUUUUAAAAUAAAUAUAUUUUUCUUUUUUCCUUCCUGCCUUCAGCUGAUUUCUGUAAAACAAAUAAUUACUUUGCUCUGGCAUUCUCAUACUAUUAUAAUUAUAUUGAAAGUCAAAGGUACUUUCCAAGUACUGGAAGUUGUUCUUAUAUAUGGUUAUAUUCAAUCGAUUGAUAUAUGUGAUAAGCGCACUCCUGCGGCCAGCAUAGUACCUCUGCCACAGGCCAGCGUGAUGUGACGAUUGGUCACAUCUUACACAGUCCUUUCAAGAUAUUUGCAUUUGUUUUUCAUGUGUUUCAUUUUUUAUGAGUCUACACAUUUAGAUAAACAUAUGUCAUGGAAUUGUUAACUUUCAUUGAGAAAAUUUUCUAAAACGUGAAAAGAUAUUUCCAUAGUUGUCGUGUGUUUACAUUGGUUGUACGGCUCCUGGUGCUGUCAUCGAAGCCCUACAGAGAGCUAGUGAUGUGGCAACUGUUAUGUAUAAAGAUAAAUCGUCAUGCACCUCACUGUUGUAUAUGUAAUAGCAUAUAUAUAAUUCUGAAAAACAAUAUGUAAAACACACCAAAAGACAUUAGGCCAGUCUGUUCUGAGAUUAGAAUAAGCGUGUUUGGUUACAAACAAGAGAAACGUCCGGACACGUGAUAUGCAAAUCAGCCUGUGGCAGUGGUGUUAUGCUAAGUCACAAAUGAGCCGGAGUGGGUGUGAGAAGGAUACAAACAGACAAUGUAUGAUUAACUCCAAUGGUGGCAUGGUGACCUGUGGUGACAUUUGCAGUACUUCCGACUUACUCUUCUCCAAAGCUUUCUGCAUGGACUGGCAUUAUGAAGACACCCUGGUCCUUGCAUCUCCACACUGUGUCUCAACACAAUCACCUCCUUGUACCAUGGGGAUCUUAGUGUAUCAAAAGCUGUACAUAUUUGCUGGGGACUUCAUGAUAUGUACAUACCUGUAUUUAUAUUUUUGAAUUGGGGAACUUGCAUGUACUACUUUCUCAGACCAGAAACCUAUUUUCUUCCUUGGAACAUAAUUGUUAAUCAGACUCCAUGCAUCCUGAAGGAUGAUCUAACAUCACUGUACAACCGGCAUCUUCCCGAGGCAAGGGAGUUAACUGACUGUAACAGUCACGUUUCCACCCUUGCCCACCUAGGCUGGAAUUAUGGAGUUAUAUUUUAGCUGGACUAACGAGUCUAUGGAUAGUCCAGUCAAAAUCGCGUAACAAAAUCGACAUCCGGUUCAUAAAUUGCAAGAUUUUGGUUCGAUUGCAGGAUUUGUAUAGCAUGUGUACCACCAACUCGGUGUCCACAAAUAUCAAUCUGAUCGUCUUGUCUAGGCACUGGCAUUUUGUUUGAAGCAAAUGCAUGUGAUAUGAGAGGUGGAAUCUGAUUGGUCAAUAUGAGGGACAUAUAAGGGACAUAUAAGGGACAUAAUGGUAAUAGCCACUAGUGGCUCUACAAUUGAGCUCACAAAUGCCAGCCUUGUUUGGCAAGGGUGGCAACUGGACUUUUACAGUUAGCUAACUCCCUUGCCUCGGGCAGAUGUACAAUAGGAUGGUGUAAGAUCAUGUAAUAUGUUUAUAGUGUAAUAUGGUGUUUGAUUUAAAAUACAGAACAAGAAGUAUAUUAAGUAACGGCCAGACAUUAUGGGAAUUGCAUAGACUUUUCACUGUACAGGGAUGAGAAUUGUCCGCGGAUUUCGUUAUGUCAAGGGUCACUUCUUUGAUACAUGCAAUUACAAAUACACGUAAAUUGUAUAGUCCCACUGACCCUCGGCUAACUCUCACUUGUUUUUUGUUUAUUUUAACAUCAAUUCUCAUCCCUGAAUGUAGAUUUAAGGACAAUCGUAAAGUGAAUGUUUCUACAAUUGUAAUAAUGAGGUUGUCAUCCAUGCUGCCUUGCCAUUACUUAAUAUCCAACUUACAAAUACCACACAGAGGUACUGACUCCGAUAAAUGCAAUAGUCCUAGAUUAUUGGUUGUAAAGUGUAUAUUAAGCUGUAUUUGUGAGAAGGGAGUAGAACACUGGAUGUAAGAUGUAUUGUAUGUUAUAUUGCAAGGCAAAUGUGAUUGUAAUGUUUUACCAUUUAUAACAUGGCUGUAAAUAUAUUUGUGUGGUGUCUGUACAGAUUGCAUGUGUUGAGACAGGUGGAAACAUGUAACUCAUGACAUGAAAAUAAAGACAUUUCCAGCGUCCUGCA